GUCUGGUCUGCUCACAACGAGCUCGACAAAUAGAGGUUAGGUCAGCUAGCGACAUCGGCACCACCAGGCGCUUACACACAAAUAAGGCAGCCAGGCCAGGCCAGCGAGCGCCACAACAAAACAAAUACUCUCACAGGUUGAUUGAGCCAUACACCACAUACACCACAUCUAAAUAUAUGUCAAUCAACCCUGGCCCUCUUUACAAGCGGCUCGUGAAGCUCCUCGUCCAUGAUUGAGCCCAGCAGGGCGACGUAAGGCCGUUUCUCGUUCUCCUGCGGUUCCUCGUACUCAUGCACCGCAAUAGCCGCCAACCGACCCCGGUCACCCAGGCACGCAACGCGCCGGAGGAAGGCCGGGAUGUCUCGCCUGUGGGCUUCAAGCACCUCGAUCUCAAAGGCCGCCUGCAUGAUGCCCUCAUACAGCCAGGGGGGAAGGGGUGCGUCGCGCCCUCGUGAGGCAAACCAGUGCGUCAAGAGGCGCAGGGGCGACACGUGAGGUGCCUUCACAUGAGCCAGAUGCAGGCCCAUGUACUCAGCCACCUGCAGACAAGCGCCAUGAAACGAACACCACAACACCUUAGGCGUACGUCAUCGCCGCCUCUUGCUAACAGUCAGUGCGCACCUUUCUGCGGAUGGCGCUGCCGAUGGCUUGGAUAUCGUCCCAUUUGGCCUCCAAAAUCCUGGCGCGCAGGCAGGUGAGCACCAGGCAUCGCAGAGGGAGCUGACGGAUCGUCAAGGUGGCUUGCACGUCCUCCACUUUGGUCUCCUUGCCCUGGAAGCUCGCUUUGUCCUUGAAUGGCAGCCAGAACGUGAAGGCAGUCCUCUUGUUGCUGCCGAGCAGCCCCAUGGCGAACAGCCGCAUCGGCCGCCCAGUGGCGGGAUCGACGUGGCUGUCGAAAGACCUGCUCGUUGUGCCCACGGCACGUCCGUCGAUGGUCAGGUUGGCGGCGCACGAGAAGCAGCAGACACCUGAGUCCUCUGUGGAAGGUAGGUAGGCCACUCGAAUGGCAAACGAGUUGACGGUUUUCCAUUCGUAAGGUGACGUUCUCGAAGUCCUCGGGGGUUUCGGCAGCGCUGGGGUGGCCGCCGACCAUGAAGUGCUCCCCAGUGAGCUGAGAGCCGGCCAGGGAGACGUCGAAGCCACGAUCCCUGAACUCCUUCUGGUUAACCAGAGGCUGGCCGGGAUGCUCAAUGUCAGCGGUAAACUCCUCCCAGAUGCACUCUGACUCGAACAAGACAGCAGCCUGCAAACACACACACAUACCGAUGGUUGCAAGUGCCUGCCUGCCUCGCUGUCUGUCGGCGCAGGGCACCGACCGCCUCAGUGAAGUUGCUGGUGCCCGUUGCCUCGAUGAGAAACCGCUCAAGGCUUUCGAGCGGCACUCUGCAUGUCCUGGCCUCUUAUCAUGACGGACAGGCGGCUCAGCAGGCGGGCAACCAACAUCCGACGCACACCACCACCAUCGGCCUGCUGUGGUGCCUCCCACACAGCCGCAACUUGAUCGGCGUGCUCCAGAAUGAUGGGGGCAGAGGCACGCACCAGCUCGACAGUGUGGACACAUAUCAGCCUGAGGAGAACACCGCACCGCACACAUCAGGUCAGGUGGGGUGGCCCGUAUGCAGCGUUUGUGCGUGGGGGAAUGAGUGUGGCGUACGCAAUGAGAGGGCGCUCGAAUGCUAUCCUGACCAUCUCCCGCCACAAGCUUUCAUCCUCCUGCCAGCGGUUGCGAAGGAUCUGGACAGACACCAGGAAGCGCAACAGGCAACCUGUGGUCGAUGUGACCCCAGUCCCAUGCGAAUAUGUGUGUGUGUCUUCUUCCUUCCACUCACCUUCUUGCUGAUCGAUUCGACGAGGGCAUCCUGGUCUUUCGCCUCGAGGAAGUCCAGACCGAUGAGACACUCCAGCAGAUUCUGCCGAGUCAUGUCCCGCAGCAUGUGUGUCUUGGUCUGCAGCACCACGGCAGCCACCGGCCGAGAGAUCUCCUUGAUUCUCACUGUGCGGUUCGCGGACUCCUGGAAGUCGCCAUCAAACAGCUGCAGGACCAAAUAGAGUGACAGCAGAUGCAAUCAGGUGGUACCUGUCCCUCUGAAUGGCAUGAGUCAACAAAGCAUUCUUUCCCUUACGGCUUGGAAGAAGCCAUAUUGCUGUGCGACGGUCUCCGAUAUGGCCAACGUGUCCUCACAGCCCUCAAAGGCGACGAGAAUGGGCUGGUCCUCGGCCAUCGCGCCGACACAGAUGCUGUUGCAACAGACUAUCA